GUGGGCGGGUGACGUCAUCUCCGGGCGCCGAGGGUGACUGGACUUACGGUGGGCUACCGGCGCUGCGGUUCGCUCUGGUUCGGAGGGCGGAAGUGCCCGCUGGGCUGUUUUCUGACCCCCGGCGGCGGCGCUCUGUGCGGCUGCGCGCGCACUGGGACUUCUGCUCCUGCGCCUCUGCAGGACGCUGUGAUCCCGGUAGACCCAACCCGACCGAGCGUCUUCCGCGCUGCGGGAAGCCGGAGCAGAGCCGGCACCUCGGUUUGGCUUGGUUGAAGAAAGCACUUAGCCUAUAUGUACUGCUCUGUCCACUGGAAGAAUGACAGAUGACAAAGAUGUGCUUCGAGACGUGUGGUUUGGACGGAUUCCAACGUGCUUUACUCUCUAUCAGGAUGAGAUAACUGAACGAGAAGCAGAGCCAUACUAUUUGCUUUUGCCAAGAGUCAGCUAUUUGACGCUGGUAACUGACAAAGUGAAAAAGCACUUUCAGAAGGUUAUGAGACAAGAAGAUGUUAGUGAGAUAUGGUUUGAAUAUGAAGGCACACCCCUGAAGUGGCAUUAUCCAAUUGGCCUACUGUUCGAUCUUCUUGCAUCAAGCUCAGCUCUGCCUUGGAACAUCACAGUACAUUUCAAGAGUUUUCCAGAAAAGGACCUUCUGCACUGUCCGUCCAAGGAUGCAGUUGAGGCUCACUUUAUGUCGUGUGUGAAGGAAGCUGACGCUUUAAAGCACAAAAGUCAGGUGAUCAACGAAAUGCAGAGAAAAGACCACAAGCAGCUCUGGAUGGGACUGCAGAAUGACAGAUUUGACCAGUUUUGGACCAUCAACCGGAAACUCAUGGAAUACCCUCCAGAAGAAAAUGGAUUUCGUUAUAUCCCUUUUAGAAUAUAUCAGACCACAACUGAACGGCCUUUCAUUCAGAAGCUGUUCCGUCCUGUGGCCGCAGAUGGACAGCUGCAUACCCUCGGAGAUCUCCUAAGAGAAGUCUGUCCUUCCGCAGUCGCCCCUGAAGACGGAGAGAAGAAGAGCCAGGUGAUGAUUCACGGGAUCGAGCCCUUGCUGGAAACCCCGCUGCAGUGGCUGAGCGAGCAUCUGAGCUAUCCAGACAACUUCCUUCACAUCAGCAUUGUGCCCCAGCCAACAGACUGAAGGCCUCGUCCUGCUCACUGGAUGGAACCACCCGCAGUCAGGACACCGAAGCAUGACACCCUUGCUUCCUGUCAGGCUCAGUGGAGGCAACAGAACCCCGGGCUGCUGCGAGCCAAGGCGGCAGAAGAUUCCAUGGGAGAUAGGGCACCGGCAGGGCUGAGUGUGCUCCACCGCUGCGUCAGUAAACCUCGCUGACAGGCAGGACCGCCGCAGCCUCUCUUCUCGGGAAGUGCAGUGCGCACGCCUUUGCUCAGUGAAAACAUUGGAAAUGUGCCAGUUUGUGUCUGAUUAACAAAUCAGGGGGUGUUUCCUAAGGUGACGUGGUCGGACCUUCGCUGGAGAGUGGAAACACUGGUUGAAUUUUCAAUAGAAUUAGACUUAAGACAGUAAAAGAGAAAUUCUGUUAUUAAUAACUUGCAGUAAUUUUUUGUAAAAGAUCAAAUUACAGUAAACCCGUCUUUCCUUAAUGAGAAUUUCCUGUUUACAGUCAGUCUAUUGGUAUGCAAACAAUCUUGUAACUUUGAUAAUGAACAGUGAGAGAUUUUUAAAUAAAGCCUCUAACUACGUUUGUCAUUUAAUAACAUACAGUCUGUCACUCUUCAGGGACCUCCUGAAUCUCACACAGUAAGCCUCUUUCUACUCUGUUUCCAGUGCUCACUGGUGUAGCAAGGGUGCAGGGCAUAGGGGAACUCGUCUCAGGAGCUCUCACAGGAUUCAUUACUGUGACUUGAAAAUCUGUCUUCUAGAUACUAAAGUAUCAAUAAUACUCUGUCUUUGCUGUCCUGUUGGCCGCUGUACACCUGUCAAAUCAUAGUAUGCCAAGUAUCUGUCUGCAGAAACUCAGUAUUUCGAAGCUCCGGUUCCUUCCCAGUGUCUGAUUUUCCUUUUUCCUUUUUGGCUCCUGGAUUACUGUGUCACUGUGGCCCCUGGCAGCCAGUCUUUAAAGCCUGAAGGUGACCUGUCUCUAGACUGCAGUAGCUUUUCCUUAUCAUUACCAAAAAACAUCCAGAAUGACUGGAACUCCUGCCCCAGUAAGGGAAGUUGGCUGCACUCUCCCGAUGGCUGCUUGGAGACCCCUGCCAUUGACUGUGAGCUAGCUUGCCGUCCAUAUUGAAUGUCAACCCACCCGAGUAUGCUAAAAGAUGAUAUCAUAAAAUAAUGGUUUUAGAUUUAAAAAUAAAGGUGAAUGUUUUCUUAUAAAAA